CGGCAGGGAAGAUGUCGGACGAGCAGUCGCAGAGUACCGCAAUGGAAGAGGUGCAGCAGCUGGUGAAAAAGAAAGAUGCCAUCGAGGCGCAGAUCAAAGCUUACUAUGACAUCCUAGAGGGGCAAAGCCAAGCUGGAAUGGAUGAGCCAUUAGUUGAUGUUGAGGGAUACCCAAGAUCAGAUAUUGAUGUUUACCAAGUUCGAACAGCUCGACAUAAUAUCAUUUGUCUACAAAAUGAUCAUAAAGCCUUGAUGAAACAGAUUGAAGAAGCACUGCACCAGCUGCAUGCACGUGACAGGGAAAAACAUAGACUAGAUGAGGCAGAGGUACAUCAAGAAACAAUGGAACAGGAAAGUCGAGUAUUACCUGCUUUUGCCAAAGUAGGUACUGUUAGUCCAGGUUCACCAGCCAGUAUAUCAGGUUUACAGGUUGGUGAUGAAAUUAUAGAAUUCGGUUCUGUAAGUACACAGAACUUCCAGAAUUUGCAAAAUAUUGCCAAGGUCGUCCAACAUAGUGAAGGGAAACCCAUAAGCAUAACAGUUACUCGAAAUGGACAGAAUGUACAUCUCAGCCUCACACCUCAGCGAUGGAGUGGAAGAGGAUUGUUGGGAUGCAAUAUUGUCCCUUUGCAGAAAUGAAUAUCGUUGAUUCCCAUAGAAAAAUUCUUCAACUGCAAAUUGCUUAUUAUAGUACUCUAUUAUGAAAAUUGGAGCAAAGUUGGACCUUGAAACAUUAGAACAACUACUUCUGUUACAGGUUUUGAAUAUGUCCAAUUUGAAUUUGAAGAAGACUUUUUUAUUUGAAUCUUGUAUAUCCUUAGUUUAUUGUAUGUGUUUUUUUCAUACAUUGUUAUUUUUCAGCUUUAAUUUUAAAUCCUUUCAUAGUUUUCUGUCACCAUUUCAUUCUUCAGCUGAACUGGCAUUAGGGAUGUGGUUUAUUAUUCUUGGACACUUGGCAUAAAGUGAUUGAAAAGCUAAAUGGAAUUCUCCUGUUUAAUAUUACUCCACUUUCAACCCAACAGGAGGAAAAGGCAAUUUCUAAUUCAAGUCCAGGGUGAUUUUAAGCUCAUCACAUAAUGGGGUGUUGAGUUAAAGUAUUUUGGUAAUUUAUGGGAGUUGAUGAGGAUCUGUUCCUGCUUUGAUGAAUUAAAUUAAAAUUUAAUGUACAAUUAUUAUUCACACACAUAUUACACACUUAUCUUUAAUAAUGAAAUUGCUGUAUCUUUUUAAAGAAAAUGGCAAUAUUUAGUUUUUGGAAUUUGAAAUGUGUUAAGCAUCACAAAUGUUUGAUGUGACUGGUUUUUGUUAUACUGAUUAAAUUUAUUGAUCUUUACACUUCAAAAA